AGCAAUGAGGAAGGGUCACUGAAAGGGUAAAGAGCUAAAGUGUUGAUUUCAUCGAGAUAUAAUAAGAUAUAAUAAGAAUAAAAUGGCACAGUCAUUAGAAACAUCAACACUUCAGGAGCGAAUAAACUGUCUCAAUGAGCUGGCAGAGUUCACUGAAAACUGCAGAAAACAGCUCGUCGAUGCUUUCCAGAUGCUCGGAUGGUCAGUGGACUACAAUAAGCAGGAAGAAAUGGAACAGUGUCCCUACGACAUCAACCACAGAGUCCCUGUUAGGACCAUGGAGAGGCACAAAGCUUAUUGCAGGCUCCGAAAAAUGGGCUACACACCUGAGGAACAGGCGGCGAUGUAUGACUCGGCUGUGUGUUACAAGAAUAACACGGUUACAACCUUCAUAAUGGACAAAUCCACCCAGCAACAAGUGAUUCUGCAGGCGCGAUCUGCUGCACCGCUGAUGAAGAUGGAAGGUGUCUUUUGGCAAGGUCAAUACACGGGUCACCCAGUUGACGUACCUCAGAACCACAAGCGAGCAGUAUGUGACCUGACCGUGGCUGACCGGGUGGCUCUCUAUGAUCAUGUGGUCAGUGUCCUCAACCAGCAGAAGGAACAAGCCGCUUCUUCAAACAAUGAGGAUCUCUAUGUAGAUCUUGUGUCCAAGCUCCAGAAGGACGAAGGCAAGAACGAGCCCAAGACUCACCUGGAGCUGAUGGCAGAGAUGAGGGACUACAAGAGGCGACGCCAGUCCUACCGAGCCAAAAAUGUCCACAUCACCAAAAAGUCUUACACUGAGGUGAUUAGAGAGGUGAUUAACGUCCACUCGGAUGAACUGGCCAGACAGUGGAAAGAGGAAGAAGAGGAGGAGAAAGAGUCAAAAGUAUCUGAAGUGUCCUCCCACAGGCGCUGGACAGACGAAAGGCGCUCGGCUUCCACAGAGUCCCACCACCGCAGCAGACGCCAUCGCAGCCGUGAGCGAAGCCAAAACCGAGAGGGCAGGAAGAGAAGGGAUUCUCGGUCCCCAGACGAUUAUCACCACCACGACCGAAAGAAGAAGAAAAAGAAAAAAGAUGACAAGUGAAUGAUCAGCAUCUACACAGGGGGGCUCAGAAGAGGUCAGAGGUCAAACAGUGUCCAAUCUCAUGUUGUUUAGCCACAGUUUAUAAAGCAUGGAAUUCUAAAAAGAAAUAAACAGGAAUAAAGUUUCGAGAAUAAGUUUGAGUCUGGUUUUGUCAAUAGGGCUGCCACGACUAGUCGACUACGACUACAUUGACUAUUGAAACCG